AUGCCUCAGCAUAAGUCAUCCCGUCAAGCCGCUAAUCGAAGAUAUUAUGAAAGAAAUCGAGAGCGUAUUCUCCAGCUCCGUCGAGCUUCUCGCAAUGAUACUCGCGCUCGAUUACAAUUCCUUGAUUAUAUCAUUGAAUCAUCUCAACACCAAAUGAUGCAAGUAUCAAGACCAAUCGUUCAAGCAUCAAGACCCGAAGAGGAUAAAUCAGAAACAAAUAAUUAUUUAAAUUU